AUGCAUACGUCUUCUCUUCUUGUGGUUUCGGUGGCUUUGCUCUCAACGCUGGCUACUGCGGAACAGGACCGACCACGGUUUUAUUUCCCACGGCAAAUCAAGCGCGCAAUAUAUGUCAAUUCGACAAUCACUUCUAAUAGCGCUCCAGAAACUUCUUCCACAGAGUUGAUCACGUCGUCAUCGUCGCUCACGUCCUCUUCAUCGUCGACACGUUCGUUGUUGACACGUUCGUUGUCAGAUAUAUUUAAUGGGCUAGAUUCAUCGACAGGUUCAACCACUGGGUCGAGUUCGAGCGCUGCAGGAACAACAGGAGGUUUAUUAGACAGCCUCGUAAACCCUCUCAAGCCUACGGUAUCUACUUCAAGUUCAGCUUCUAGCGUGAGCAGUACGUCUUCAGCGGCAGCAUCAGGGACAAGCAUCAGCUCUACUACACCAGUAUCGGACUCGAACACGGCUUCAACUGGAACAGGAACAAGUUCAGGCCUCGGGGCUGCGGUUACCAGCAUUUUGGACCCUAUAGUGGGAUCUACUGGACUACUUCCCGCGACGGUGCUUCUGCCAACAACCACCAGUUCUGCUAUUGAUGCUAGUGCUUCUAGUGAAGCUAGUUCUUCCAGCCCUGUGGAUACUGCAGUAGGAUCUACUGGGACCCUUCCCGCGACAGUGUUUCAACCCACAGUCACCAGCUCUUCCGCUGAAGCUGUGGUUCCCAGCAUUCUUGACCCUAUUGUAGGAUCUACUGGAGUGCUUCCGUUGACAGUGCUUCAGCCGACAAGCACCAGUGCUGCUGUUGAUGCUAGUUCUUCCAACAUUCUGGACUCAAUCAUAGGAUCUACCGGAGUUCUUCCCUUGACAGCACUUCAACCCACGAUCACCUCUUCUGCUAGCGACACUUCCGCUCCAACCUCAGCUUCGGCAGCAUCCUCAAGUAACGGUGCCAUUACUUUUGGCCCAGGAGGAGUCGUAACAGCAUCAACGGCUUCGACGGCCGCUGCCACUUCAACUCCAGAUGCCGUCACGUCCGGUGUCUCCUUUUCGGGUACUGGAGGGUCAACCGCUGCUGCAGCAUCUUCGACGGACACAGGGCUUCUGCCUGGUGUUGGUUCUCUCCUCAGCUCUGUGGUGUCAGGGCUGACGACCGCUCUUGGAAGCGCCCCAACGACAACCUCAAGUGAUUCCGUACUGAGCAACUCAGCCGCGGUCCCGACUCUAUCCGGCACGGCUCCUGUCACGGCUGCUUCCGCAUCUGCAUCUGAUAGUGGGAUUUUGCCAUCGCUCGUCGGUGGACUCAGUUCAGUUCUUUUACCAACAACUGUUUCCAGUGUUACCGGAUCUGGUAGCUCAAUUGUCGAUUCUGCAGGGGCCUCAACAUCAUCUGCGAUAACUGGCUCAAGCACAGGAUCCACUGCUCUUGCAAGCAUUAUUUCCAGCAUUCUUGCAUCGCCCACCAGUAAUCUCUUGCCUACAGGAUCUUCAUUGACCAAUACUGGGUCGAUUUUGACUGGAGGUAGUAGUACUGCCAACGAUACAUCAGUAUCCGUAACUGGAACUGCAAGUUUAACAUCACCUCCUGGCUCGAUCACACCUACCGCAAGUGGAAGUGCAGCAUCAGCAUCGGGCAUCACAUUUUCAUCAGGAUCCCCAUCAGGUGUUACAGCCUCAUCGGCCUCCCUCCCUACUGUUCUUUCUGGUUCUUCCACUGCCAAUGCUACAGAGACCGGAUCAGUCUCAGGAAGUCAAACUGUUCUUUCUGCUCCCAGCAGCUCGGGCAAGGACACAAAUACAGUCACCAGCAGUCUGUCAGCGAUUAUUGGCUCAGGAUCCUCUGCAUCUGCAUCAAUCUCUGACGCCUCUACUGCCAAUACUUCAACUCCUGCGUCAAUUGCAACGGCACCAACGACGACUGCCUCUGCCCCCGCGAUCACCAGUGCCGCUGGCAGCAGUGUCUCUGCUACAGCUCCGCUCAGCCCAACUGUUGCUGCUUCAACUACUGCCUUUGCGUCUCCAUCAUCUAAAGCACCGGAGACCAUCCUUCCAGCUAGCACGAACAGUCUCACAUCUAUGUGGCUUCCCCAAACAAUCAUUGCACAAUCUUCCGAAAGCGCGAGCUCCAGUGGCCAAGCACCACUUCCAACUGGUAUCCCCUCUCAGUUGCCCAGGAUCAUCACAAACCCCAAUGCCACUGCAACAGCUCCUGAAGGCAUGACUGCGGUACAACUAGGGUUCCUUUUCGAGUUGAACUAUGAAUUCGUUGUUAGCAACCCUUUGUCUUCUGCUCAAAUUUUUAUGUUCUUGCCGACAGGUGUAGCGGACGGAUUGGAGCUUGAUCAAGAACAUGUCAUCUUGCACAGCUUGUACCCACUUGAUACGACUGAGAAAUUGGGAUUUGUUACCACUGCUGCAAUGGCAUAUAUUCCUUCUAACCUGGUUGAUACCCUACGCCUUAACCUCGGGAGUCCCUCGGCGUUACUGUACAACAAUGCAGACGCUACCGUGAACACGCUUAUCAACUAUCUGAACCCGACAAUUCCUCUGAUUCCUGGCGAAGGUGCUGGAGAUGGUUCGGCAUCAGGGACUGGGCCUGGUAGCUCUCCAACGAACACAGCUGGCAACAACAACAACGAUGUAUUCAACACUAAUUCUCAAAAUACCUCGUCCAGUGUCAAGGGGACGACUGCCGGUAUUGCGAUGGCCUGCGUUGGGGGCGCUUCUGCUUAUGGAGCUGCCAUGUUCUUGCUUGCACGCAGAUACAAGAAGCGCAAGCAAGCACACCGCCGAUCGAGUUCUGUUGCAAGCCACUCGGAAAUGCGGCAAUCAACCACCCCUGGGAUGCUGGGCAGCGGAGAUCUGUUCAUGUCUGGCGGGCGCCUGUCGCCUGGUGGAACAACCAAUGAUCGGCACAGUAGAGGCAGUGGUGGAGGCAACUCUGCACGAACGCAACAGAUCUCGGCACCCAUGAUGGCGGAGAACUCACUCGGCUGGAACUGA